ACGUCACCUCCCUAAUGUAAUCACUUUUCUUCUGCUCCUUCUUCCUCUUCUCCGUCUUCUUCUUCUUCCCUCGAGAGGCGAAAACUGAAAGAGCUAAUCAAUUAACGUGAAUCGAUACUCCAAAGUUAUUGAAUGUUGGCUUCCUCGGCUGUGUUUAGAAGACAACAGUUCUUGAUAAGGUCUCUUGGAGGUUUUGGUGAUUGUACUCAUCAGAAUAGGCGGCAACAAAUCAAAGCCAUGAGUGGGACUUCUAUGGAGGCUGAUGCUGAGAACAUUCUAAGAGCUAUUACACCUAGCCUUGAUCCCAAAAGAUAUAAAGGCCAGGCGGGGAAGAUAGCUGUUAUUGGUGGAUGUCGUGAGUACACAGGUGCUCCCUAUUUCGCUGCUAUAUCAGCAUUGAAAAUUGGUGCAGAUUUAUCUCAUGUUUUCUGCACUAAAGAUGCUGCUCCUGUCAUAAAGAGCUAUAGUCCAGAGUUAAUUGUGCAUCCUGUUCUGGAAGAAUCAUACAGUGUCAGAGAUGAGGAAAAGAAGUUCACUGCAGAAAGGGUUCUUGCUGAGGUUGACAAGUGGCUUGAAAGAUUCGAUUGUCUUGUCAUUGGUCCUGGCCUUGGAAGAGACCCGUUUCUUCUGGAAUGUGUCAGUGAAAUCAUAAAGCAUGCAAGGCAGACCAAUAUACCAAUGAUCAUAGACGGGGAUGGUCUCUUUCUUAUCACGGACAAUCUUCACCUUGUAAGCAAUUACCCCUUGGCAGUCCUGACACCAAAUGUAAAUGAAUAUAAGCGUCUCGUGAAAAAUGUACUGCUUGCUGAAGUCGAUGAACAAGAUGCUCCUAACCAAUUGCUGUCUCUUACCAAAAGGAUUGGUGGCCUAACUAUUCUCAGGAAAGGGAGAGCUGACCUCAUCUGUGACGGUGAGACAGUCAAAUCAGUGAGCAUUUAUGGUUCUCCUCGCCGUUGUGGUGGCCAAGGUGAUAUACUUUCAGGAAGUGUUGCAGUUUUUGUAUCUUGGGCUCGGCAACAAGGUUUAGUCACUGAUGGGAAUUUGGCUACCAGUCCAAAGAAUCCAACAGUAUUAGGUUGCAUUGCUGGAUCUGCUUUACUUAGAAAGGCUGCAUCACUUGCAUUUGAGAACAAGAAAAGAUCAACCCUUACUACUGAUAUCAUCGAGUUCUUGUGGAGAAGUCUGGAAGACAUUUCUCCAGCUCACUAGUCGAAUAUGCUGAUCUUGCAACUAUGCUGAAGAUACUCAUGGCAUGACACCUACAAUGUUUGGCUAUACCAUAAAUUUGACCAUCAUUUUCUCUAUUGUCUAGUAGGAUUCGAACUUGGAACUAAUCAUACGGCGAGUGUCGUAUCCAAUAGUGUCUCUAUGGUUUUGUCUUUAGGCUGUUGACAUAGACAAAAUUUGCAGUAAUUUUGAUGUUCGUGUUCAUACGAGUCAACAUCA